CUGUCAAGUGGGAACCAUGUGUACGAGAACUUUUAUAGACAGGUAAAACACAUUUUAUAGUUUGGUUAUUACAUAGGCUAGUCAUAUCUACAUAGAUUGAGGAGAAUUCACUUCUUUAUUGUUCAAUGGCCGCAAUAGACAACACUAAACACAUUUAACAGUAUAGUGUGUAGAAAGAAAAAUGUAACAGUUUGGUUUGCUGUGUCGUUUUUGCAAGGUGGACCCAGGAAACACAGGGAGAGUAGGGCCCACAGAAGCUGCAUUGUUCCUGAAGAAAUCGGGCCUUCCUGAUGUCACUUUGGGAAAGGUGGGUACUGUGUAGUGCUGCUGGCCACUGAAAGCUUUGGGCAGCAGCAUACCCAAGGGAACAGUCCCUGACACUUUAGACUGAUGAACUGCUCUGAAAGCAACAGACAAUGACCAGCAGGAAAUCAUGUUGAUUAGAGUGUCUCUGUCAUCGAGGAGUAAUACGACCAUCUACAUACAUGCAUGCAUGCUUCAGUACCCCCAGAGGAAUAUUACUGGAAAAGAUGACCACAUCUUACGUCAUUGCCUGGUCUGAUUGGAUCAAUGUCUUUUAUUUAUCAGAACCUUUAGGGAGUGUACUUGUUUCAGCUCUAUUUUGUUUUUACGCAUUUGUACCCAGCUUUUGUAUUGUUGCCUUGAUCUGUUUGUCAUACUACCUCUGCUUUGAUCCAAAUUUAUGUAGCCUAUCUCAGCUGGGUUACUGGGACUUUUAUGCAGAUUGCUUGUUAUUGACUUUGUACACAUUCCCUAAUGAUUAUUGCACAUUGAGGCUUUACUUUAUGUUUUCUAAGUUAGGCCUAAUCCUCUUGUUUGUGUUUGUCUCCCCUCAGAUCUGGGAUUUGGCAGACCCAGAUGGGAAAGGGUUCUUGGACAAACAGGUAGAAAAGUUAUCAUUUCCUCUAUGUGUGCGAUGCCUGAUGCUGGGACCCUUGAGGGGAAUUGAGCUGCUAUUUGUACACCCAUAAACAAUGCUGUUGUCCCAUCUUCUCUUAUAGGGGUUCUAUGUAGCUCUGCGGUUGGUGGCCUGUGCACAGAGCGGACAAGACGUCAGCCUCUCAAGUUUGAACCUCACUAUCCCUCCCCCAAAAUUUGUGAGUACAAUCCUAACUAGUACAAUCCUAGCUAGUACAAUCUUAACUAGUACAAUCCUAACUACACACAGGUUUCAUGGUAGUUUGAUGAUGCAUUUAUUUUUUCAAAGGAAUUUCUGCUAGGAACACAAGUAUUUUGCUACACCCGCAAUAACAUCUGCUAAACAUGUGUAUGCGACCAAUAACAUUUUAUUUUAUUUAUAUGUUUGGUUGGGACAUUGUGAAGUAAGUGUUAAAGUUUAAGGUUGUUUUUUGGUUGUUUUGGUACAGAAGGAUACUAGCAGCCCAUCUCUCAGCACAUCAUCGGUCUCUAGUGAACCCCACUGGGCUGUGAGGGUGAGUCAUGUAGAAAUGCCCCUGGACCAUGUGUUUGGUUGAUGAGAGCAUACUAAAAUGGGUUUUUGUAUAUUAGAAAAACUGUAUUUUAUUGUGCAAAACAAUGAACAAAAUUCAGAGAAUCAUCAACAAUAAGUUUAUCUUUUCUUAUCAAUCGCUUAUUGUUAUUUUUGUUCAUUUCAUAUUCCAGCCUGAAGAAAAGGGUAAAUUCGAUGGCAUAUUUGAAAGCCUUGCACCAGUCAGUGGACUCCUCUCUGGUGACAAAGUAAAACCAGUUCUAAUCAACUCAAAACUACCUCUGGACGUGUUAGGAAAGGUUUGGGAUCUCAGUGACAUUGAUAAAGAUGGACAUCUGGAUCGAGAUGAAUUUGCAGUGGUAAGGUUUACUCCAGUAAACUGUGGAAUGAAUAGAUCUGACUAAACAAAUGUUUCAUAGCUCAUAUUGACCUGUGUAUGAUAUAGUAACUGACAUAAUAGUAAGACAUAAUAACUGUCUAAUAACAUUACUAGUAAUAAGUGUAACUUCAGUCCUCUUCUUUUCCUUCUGUUCUCCAGGCCAUGCACCUGGUCUAUCGGGCCCUGGAGAAGGAACCGGUCCCCUCUGUUCUCCCCUCCUCUCUCAUCCCUCCAAACAAGAGAAAGAAGUCAUUGGUGGGCUCCCUUCCUGGCAUGGUGCCUGUGUUGCCCGCCAGUCCCCCGCCCCCCAAGGACAGCCUGCGCUCCACCCCUUCCCACGGUAGCAUGAACUCCCUCAACAGCGCUGGCAGCCUCUCCCCCAAACAUUCACUAAAAUCUGCACAGGUAAACACACGUACAUUAAACAAACUAUCUUGAUUAGCAACAAAGCAAUCUCUAACUUUUUGGUGUGUAAUGUGUGUAUUGUGUUAUAACAUUUAUGUAAUUUUUCUCCCCGUGAAUGUCAGCACUCAGUGAACUGGGUAGUCCCGGUGACAGACAAAGGGCGCUAUGACGACAUCUUCCUGAAGACAGACUUGGAUCUAGAUGGCUUUGUCAGCGGCAUGGAAGUCAAGGACAUCUUCAUGCACUCAGGGCUGCCGCAGAACCUACUGGCACAUAUAUGGUAGGAGAGACGAUGACUGAUGACUGAUGCCACCUGAUUACCUGACUGAAGUUGAAUGUAUUACUCAUGUUGUUAUUAUUGUGUAUCCAGGGCCCUGGCAGACACCAGGCAGAUGGGGAAGCUGACGCGGGAGCAGUUUGCUCUGGCCAUGCACUUCAUCCAGCAGAAAGUCAGCAAAGGCAUGGACCCUCCUCAGGCCCUGACCCCUGACAUGAUCCCUCCUUCAGAGAGGGGCACUCCUGUGCCAGUGUGUACCACUCCCUCCCAUGUACGCAUGCACUGACCACACACAUGCACAAGAACACACACACAGAGCUUUUAUGUGAAUUUCCAGGACUUUUUGGGGAGUAAACAUUUAUUUCCAUUAAAAAUCCUAUUUUCCCUAACCCCUAAACUAAUCAAAACCCCAAAAACCCUAACCCUAACUCCUAACACUAACCUUAACCCUAAACCUAACCAUUAAGCCUAAAAUAACAUUUGAACAAAUUCAGGACAUGGAAAAAGUCCUUGUCAAUAAAAGUAUUGUUUUCCUACGUUGUCAGGACAAUCUGGUCCUGAUAUUGUAGGAAAACAUGUACACACACACACACUUUCUAUUUUGGUGCAGAGACAUGCUUAAAGUACUUGUAUUUCCACUUUGAGACAAAGGUUUACCCAUACAACUUUCUUUAUGUUUAUACACUUUGAGACAAAUGACAGUUUAGGAAGAUCUAAUCCUGUAUUCAUGUCUGGGAUUGACACUCAAUGUGUCUCAUGGCUAGGACUCAUUCUUGUGUUCAGUAGUAGCUCUUCAUCCCUUGUCUCUAUCCACAGAGUAUGUCUGGGUAUAUGACUCCUGUGGGCUCUGAGAUGGCUGCUCUGUCUGAGAUGAGGCGGGUGAGUCCCAUAUUUUGCUUGUUGAAAAUGUGUUAGAAUUUCCAAUGGCCCUGCUUACAGGUGCUUGGUUUAAAAGUGUGAAGGGACUAUACAGUUAUAGGAUCUUAAUUAGAUCACACUGUUGCAGGAGAACUUUCCUGUAAUGCAGGACAUUUAAAACUUGUAGUGUAUUUAAGGUUUAAAAAGGCUUCUGAACUUUGUAAUUUCCACUUUGACAUUUCAGACUUGAUUUUCCCUUACGAAAAAUGUAUCAACCCCUACAAAAAUGUCCAAUAAUUAUAAUCCACAUAAUAAUUCACAUUUCCUGUUGCUGCAGGAUUAUUAUCCUGCUGUAGCACACUGGCUCAAAUUGAUACACUCUGAUAACAAAGACAUAUGCUUUGGCAGCCGUGGAGUGUUAUGUGACUACAGUAUUGAGCUGUGGAGAGAGUAUCGUCUUGAUGGACAAUAACUAUUAAUUGAUUGAUUUGGUGUGAAAUUAUAUGUAUGUGGUUUGUAUGUGGUUUGUAACCUGGAGCUAUGUGAAGUGAUGUGCUUUGUGUGUUUGGAGGCCCCUAAACUUCUCUUUCUGUGACUGUGUUGAUUUCUGCUGUCCUGCUCUAGUCUAGUGCUUAGACCCUUCCAGAAGCUUACCGCACACUCUUUUCUUCUUUACCCUAACCUAAACGCUGCUGAAUGCUGCUUUCUGGGUUAUAUCUCUGUAUCAGCAAAUAAUGUUCAAGUUCUGGGUAGGUAACUGGCAAAAAUCCGACAAAUGCUUUCGAUGGCUCACUAGACAGAAACCCAAAGAGAUGAAAAGCAUUUGUGAGAACUCAGUGACCGUGAACGGUGGUGUGACUUGACCUCCUGUGUUUUCUGAUCGUGGCGGUUGUGAACAACUCCCCUCAGACCUUUUUGCCCUCGCCCCGUCGCCCGUCCCUCUGAGGUGCUUCCUUCCCUGUGAUCUCUGUCUCUUUACCCUGGUUUGGUCUGGAUGGUUUGGUGUCGUGGCACUCUGGCUCUCUCUUAGGUCAUCUUAAGAAUGGGGCUCACUUUCUUUCUCUUCUUCUCUUUCUCUUUCUGUCCAUCCACAGGACAGCUCCAGUUCUGUGGGGUCAGGGUCAGAGUUCACUGGAAUCAAGGAGCUGGACGACAUCAGUCAAGAGAUCGCUCAGCUGCAGAGGUAAUUCACAACACUGGGAGAUAUCAAAUGUGUAAUUUCCUUUCAAAGUGAUCACAAAAUAGUUUUAAUUUCUUAUUACUGUUGUUUGUGCCAUGUUUGUGCCACUGACAAAGAUUUUCCUUUGUUAUGUCAUAUCCAGCUUAUGUCACCCUGUAUGAGUUCCUCCAUUCAUUUCCUUUUUCAUCAAUCAUCACUCAACGACUUGAUUAAGUCAUUGCAGUUUUAGCAAUAGUUUAACCUAAAUGGAAUAAACAGAGCAACUAUACACUUUUGUUUUUUUAUAAAUAUAUCUACAAUCUGCUAAGCAGAUUAAAGUGAGCGUUCCAUUUGAACCAGGUGCCUUAUAACUAUUUGGUUUGUCACGAUACCAGUCAUUUUACUAACGAUACGAUACCAGGCCAAGUACUGUAUCACGGUAGUAUCGUGGUACCACGGUGAAUUCAGAGGGCCUAGCGUCCGGUUCGCCCCGUCCCCCGAUACUGGUUCCCAUUUUCUAAACGUUAUACGCAUUUGGUACACAAAAAACCUGUCACUGAUAUUCACAUUUCUACUCAAUACAACACAUAUUACAUUUAACUUUACACUGUUCACUCUAUAAAAGGCCUACCUGUGAUUUGUCUGGAAGAAUGGGAGAAAGGGAUACAUGCAUAAUGAUCUGCAUGUCAUUGUGGCAGUAAUGGGAAAAGACUGUAUGAAACCUUUACUCUUCAGUUAACACACAGCCAAACACUCUCCCUCCCUCACACACUCUCUCUGUCUCCCUCAUAAACACACACACACCACUCUCUCUCUCCCAGAAACAACAUACACACUGCUCCCAACUUUAAAAACGUGAGGCACCAAACAGAAUGUAAGGAGCACCAGAAAGAGAUAUAUAUUUUUAUAUAGUGUAGGCUUACAUUACGCCUAUAUGAAUCCUACCUUUUGAAGCACAUCUCAUGAGUAGCAAACUCUUUUCCUUUCUCCCUGUGCCAAUCAAAUGUGCCUAGAUCUGCUGUGAAGUUACCAGGUUGUUAGCUAGCUACCGGCAUACCGUGCAACACUAAUAGAUACUGUAUAUGGAACACAGUAGCAUGGGUGAUAACAUACACACUUCAAAGGAGAAGAAUGGUAACAGCCGGGUGGUGGAUGAGUCCUUCCCUCUCAACCUCAUCCCACCUCAUCCCCCUGUCCAAGCCUUUUUUAAAUGUGUGUAUUUUAUCAAUCUUUUGUUUUCACCACUUACUCUUCAUGCUGCGUCAGCACUCUUGCUUUUACACACUGGAAUGCACUCAGGUAACCCUCUCUUGGCUGUCACCGUCUGUCGUUUUUCUUUUGUGGUAAUCUUGUGUAUGGAGGAGGAGAGGGAGGUGGAGGAGGAGAGGGAGGUGGAGAGGAGAGGGAGGUUGGAGGAGGAGAGGGAGGUGUGAGGAGGAGAGAGGGAGGUGGAGAGGAGUGGAGGAGGAGGGAGUAGAGGAGGAGAGGGAGUGGUCGAGGUAGGUGAGAUGGAGUGAGAGAGGUGGAGCGGGAGGGGGAGGGGGGAGGGUGGAGGGUUGUGGCGAGGGGUUUGUGGGGGUGUGAGUGUGCGUUCUCGGUGGCUGGGGGGCGUGUGAGGGUGUGAGUGGCGGGCUGGAAGGAAAGGGAGGUGGAGGUUGUGUGUUGAUGGUUGUGUUUUUCUCUCUCUCAGGGAGAAGUAUACGCUGGAGCAGGACAUCAGAGAGACAGAGGAGGCCAUCAGAAACAAGUCCUCGGAGGUGCAGGUGAGCAGGCAUACUAUUUUCUCAUGAAAAAAAUAGGGGGUUUUGACAUACAAUAUGUUUUUUUUUAUGCCAUAUGCUGGUUCUCUAAAUUGAACAAGGUAGUGUAUCAUCAUGUUUAGAGUUCCCUUCUCUUUUCCCUGAUUGUCAUUGUUGUGCUGAUUACGUGUGUGUGUGUGUGUGUGUGUGUGUGUGUGUGUGUGUGUGUGUGUGUGUGUGUGUGUGUGUGUCCAUCAGGAGAUGCAGAAUGACCUGGACAGAGAGACGUGCAGCUUACAGGAGCUGGAGGCCCAGAAUCAGGAUGCUCAGGAGCGGCUGGAGGAGAUGGACCAGCAGAAGGCCAAGCUGGAGGACAUGCUCAACGACGUCCGGAUCAAGUGCAAUGAGGAGUCCCAAAUGGUGAGAGUGGGAAGGGGAGGGGUUUGACAGUGGUCUGGUAGUAAUCAUGGAAGCAAUAUGAAACCCCUAGCAGCCUUCAGUUUUGGGGUCACGGCUCGGUUCGAUUUCGGUACAACAGGAAAAUUAAAUGCCAUUCACAAUUUUCCUGGCAUUGUGUGUUGUGACCGGAUUGUUAUGUUGGGCCUCUCAAGUUUCCACUCUGAUGCUGCGUUUGUAACCAUGUGGGAGUUGGGAAUUUACUAGUUGUGAAGUCUUAAAUACCAGUUGGAUGCAUUCAUGUGAUUUGAACUCGUUGAGAAAGGCAGAUUGGCUAAUAGCCAACAAGCUAUUAGCAUGUGGGAGAAGUGGGUGCUCUGGAUGAUAGACGAGUUUCCCACUAGUAAUUACCAGUUUUAGGGCCGUUCAACAGGAUUUUUCCAAGUUGUAUGUGGUAAAUUCCCACUUCCAUCUUGGUUACGAACGAACCAUGACACUGCCUCCUUCAAUGCCUGAUGCGCACUUGUGACUCUCAUAAAGGGGGUGUCUAUAGCAUGGUACAUCUCCCACUCUGAGGUAAUGUGAUGGGCUGUCACUGUUAAGUAAGUGCAAAACAGGGUGGAUUUGCCAAUUCAUUGAAAACGUAGGCUUUGGCUUGCUUAUAUAGAGCUGUUACUACCUGUUUGCUGAAAUGGGUGCAAGAGGGAAGUUCGUAACGUGGCUCGAGCACUUUCACGAGGUGCUGCCUGAAACCAACUAUUAUCAACCACAGAGAAUGGGCACAUAUCCGCGGCUAUAAACCAAAGACUGUACAAAAUAUCGCUCUUGUAAUUUCUUUGGCCCGGUCAGAAUCAGCUGCCAAGGGCAGAUGUUGUGUUGUUGUUUCUUAGCGUUUCCGUCUUGUACGGUAUACUGGGACGAUGUCGAUGUAAAUGGGUCAACAUAUUUGAGGUGUUGGCAAAAUGUUCCCAAACUGAAGAUUUAAACUGCUGAAAUAAAAGAUCCCAGAAAUGUUCCAUAUGCACAAAAAGCUUAUUUCUCUAAAAUGUUGUGCACAAGCUUGUUUACAUCCCUGUUAGUGAGCAUUUCUCCUUUGCCAAGAUAAUCUAUCCACCUGACAGGUGUGGCAUAUCAAGAAGCUGAUUAAACAGCACAAUCAUUACACAGGUGCACCUUAUGCUGGGGACAAUAAAAGGCCACUAAAAUGUGCAGUUUUGUAACACAACACAAUGCUACAGAUGUGUCAAGUUUUGAGGGAGCGUGCAAUUGACAUGCUGACUGCAGGAAUGUCCACCAGAGCUGUUGCCAGAUAAUUUACUGUUCAUUUCUCUACCAUAAAUCGCCUCCAACGUCGUUUUAGAGAAUUUAGCAGUACGUCCAACUGGCCUCACAACUGCAGACCACGUGUAACCACGCCAGCCCAGGACCUCCAUAUAGGGCUUCUUCACCUGCGGGAUCGUCUGAGGGGGGAAGGGGGGAAGGGGUGCUGAGGAGUAUUUCUGUCUGUAAUAAAGCCCUUUUAUCAUAAAAAAUAAUUCUGGUUGGCUGGGCCUGGCUCCCUAGUGGGUGGGCCUGGCUCCCAAGUGGGCAGGCCUAUGCCCUGCACCCCUGCCCAGUCAUGUGAAAUCUAUAGUUUAGGGUCUAAUUUAUUUAUUUCUAUUGACUGAUUUCCUUAUAUGAACUGUAACUGAGAAAAAAAAAUGCGUUUCUAUUUUUGUUCAGUGUAGCUCCCGGCUGCGCCUCACAAAAUAACAGUUUGAAAUUCAGCUCAGAUUUCCUCAAGAGGCAUAGGCCUACAAUGCAGCGAAGGCAUAGCCUAUAGGCCAUAAAGCCUUCACUAUCAAUCUGGUAGGCAUAGCUUACAUCCUCCACUUUCUUCUUUCCUCGCUGUCUCUCCUUCUGUCUCUUGCUGUCAAUCUCUUUCUCUACCCCAGAUUUCGUCCCUGCAGAACCAGAUCCACUCCCAAGAGACUGACCUGCAGAGCCAAGAAGAGGAGCUGAGUCGAGCCAAGGCAGACCUGAACCAGCUGCAGCUGGAGGAGAGCCAGCUGGAACAGAGCCUAACGGCCGGCAAGUUCCAGCUGGAGACCAUCAUCAAGUCCCUCAAAGCCACCCAGGACGAGAUCAACCAGGUGAGAGAGAACCAGGUAGAGGGAGAGGAGAGGCAACCGACAUGCUCCCAGUCAGAUAUGCAGAAGUUCCAGACACAGUGAAGUCGUGUUGGGGUUAGGGUUAAGGUUAAGGAUAACGACUCAUCACACCAGAUUCACACUAUAGGGCCAACCCGAACUAUGCUGGCUUUGAUAUUUUAUUGUCACAUUGUCCUUUCCAGCAUGGUUCCAGCACAGCUAUGGUGGAUGCAUGACCAAGCCAGCCCAAUUCAGCUCAGCAUGGCUCGGCUCGGUUUUGUCCUAUAGUGAGUGUGAAUCAGGCUAAUGUGUCUGGGAUGUGGGAGGACCUGUUGCAAGACACUUUCUAGUGUGACCACCAGGGGGAGAAUUUUUGUCAGGAAUGACAGAAAUGGCCAGAUUCAAUUUGUGCUUGGUCUUCACUUCUGGAAGAUAUUCAGCACAGACUGGAAAAUGAAGGGGUACUUAAUUUUCAUAGAAAUUCUAGUGAAGUUUUAAAAGUGCAUGUCAUCAUAGUUAACCCCUCUUGAAUUCAUUGGGAGAUAUCCGUCCUCAAUCAGGUUUGGGUGUGGCAGUUUCAGUUAGAGCAUCAAAUGUUGUACCUCCACUUUCUGCACCACCAUAAUCAUCAUAUCUAACAUGACUUCCACAGCACCAGCCCACGCCUCAGAUCUCACAUCACACUCUCACAUCUCUCAUAUCACCCCGAGGAUGCUGAGCCAUAGAUGGCUGUGUUCUCUUUUAUAGGUGGGGGAACGUCCCUUACAUUACAUUGAGAUAAGUGAGAGAAACAUCCAUUCCGAUCUACUCUCAUUAUGAACAGAUAGCAGCACUUAGCUACUUCCAUACCCUGCAGCGCCAAAUCAUAUUGACUAAUAUCAUCAUUCAUCACUCUUCUCUCAGUGAAUUCAAACCAUACUGAGAUUACACCACUAGUCCCGGUUGUAUUCUAAGACCUCCAUCUGUGAGGAGCCAAGGGGAAUACCAGCACUCAGCUGUAGCCACUGCAAUGUGAACUGAACCAUGUGAUCCCUGCACUGAGACUCUCUCCUCCCCUGAGUCAACGUGUGUCUAGGUUUCCUUCAGUGAGCCCUGCACGGGGCCAUAUUGUGAGAGGGUUUCUCUUCACAAAUGACUGGUCCCAUUCAGGGCUUGUCGGAGCCGUGUGUAGUGUCUUAUGUCUCACUGCGUCACCACCGUCAAAAGGCCAUUGAGUGGGUCGUAGAGCCACGCCGGUUGAUCAUUUCCUCGCGAUCACCUGCAAUAAUAUGCACUCACUCUCCGUUUCUUGGAAAGCCAUUAGGCCACUAUAUUGAAUUGAAAGAGAUUAUUUGGGGAUGGUGGCUGAUUUUGAUGAAGUCUCUCAAGAACACAUUCAGAUGAAAUGAUGUUAUCACAACCUUAUGUACAAACACAUGCAUUCACAUAUACCGUAACUGUGUUGUUACUCUUAACAGCCCUAAUAUCCUCUGUGUUGAAAGAAACCCUACAUUAACCUACUGUGUUUGUGUUGUGCUGUGCUGUUCCUCCAGGCUCGCAGUAAGCUGUCUCAGAUCCAGGACAGCCAGCAGGAGAUGACUAAGAGCAUCGAGCAGUACAACAACACACUGAACGGGACCCACGGAGGCAGCAUGACCAACCUGGCUGACAUGAGCGAGGGAUUCCACGACCGCGAGAACGGAGGGUUCGGAGCCAUGGUGAGGAGACCACACUGCUCAGGAGGUUAAAUUCUGGGCCCUGGAACUAUGACUUGUUUUUCCUAGCCACGUCACGUGGCUCUAUUUGUAAAACUAUAGAAGUAAGCAUGUAAUAGUAAUACACUACAUGUAUGUGGACACCUGCUCGCCGAACAUCCAAAAUCUUGGGCAUUAAUAUGGAGUUGGUCCCCCUUUUGCUGCUAUAACAGCCUCCACUCUUCUGGGAAGGCUUUCCACUAGAUGUUAUAACAUUGCCACGGGGACUUGCUUCCAUUCAGCCACAAGAGCAUUAGUGAGUUCGGGCACAUGUUGGGCGAAUAGGCCUGGCUCGCAGUCGGUGUUCCAAUUCAUCCCAAAGGUGUUCGAUGGGGUUGAGGUCAGGGCUCUGUGCAGGCCAGUCAAGUUCUUCCACACCGAUCUUGACAAACCAUUUCUGUAUGGACCUCGCUUUGUGCACGGGGGCAUUGUCAUGCUGAAACAAGAAAGGGCCUUCCCCAAACUGUUGCCACAAUGUUGGAAGCACAGAAUUGUCUAGAAUGUAAUUGAAUGAUGUAGCAUUAAGAUUUCCCUUCACUGGAACUAAGGGGCCUAGCCCGAACCAUGAAAAACAGCCCCAGACCAUUAUUCUUCCUCCACCAAACUUUACAGUUGGCACUAUGCAUUCGGGCAGGUAGCGUUCUCCUGGCAUCCGCCAAACCCAGAUACGUCCAUCGGACUGACAGGUGGUGAAGCGUGAUUCAUCACUCCAGAAUAGUUAUUGUGCUGAUGUUGCUUCCAGAGGCAGUUUAGAACUCGGUAGUGAGUGUUGCAACAGAUUUUAAUUUUGUUACGUGCCAAGCACUUCAGCACUCGGCAGUCCCGUUCUGUAAGCUUGUGUGGCGUACCACUUUGCGGCUGAGCCGUUGUGGCUCCUAGAUGUUUCCACUUCAUAAUAACAGCACUUACAGUUGACCGGGGCAGCUCUAGCAGGGCAGAUAUUUGACGAACUGAUUUGUUGUACAGGUGACAUCCUAUGACGGGGCCACGUUGAACGUCACUGAGCUCUUCAGUAAUGGCCAUUCUACUGCCAAUGUUUGUCUAUGGAGAUUGCAUGCCUGUGUGCUCAAUUUUAUACACCUGUCAGCAAUGGGUGUGGCUUAAAUAGCCGAAUCCACUAAUUUGAAGGAGUGUCCAUAUACUUUUGUCAAUGUAGUGUAUAUAAAAGAGGUACAUUGAGGUUGAAUGCUUGGUGUCAAGUGGAGAACUGGUUAAACCUAGAAAAGCAGAGUAUCCAACAAUGGAAUGACUGCCUAUUGUUCUACUCUACUGAACACAUCUGGUACAUUUGGACUUGAACAAUGGAUGGCAGCCAUAGUGUAAAGGUGUAGUUCAUUUCAGCCACAUCUGCAGAUCAUGGUAACAUGAUGAUUCAUUGUCGCCUGCUGGCCUGGGUGUGAAAUUCAGCUGUGUGUUACUGGAUCUUAUCAGAUAAAGAGAAUAUUCUAAACCUUUCCCUGUAAAGAAAAGAGGUAUCUCUUCCCUCGUUUAGUGUCAGAAAUGUUCCAUUCAAACGAGCGACUCCGGGGCAUACAGAAUCUUAAGUGGGUUAUAUUAAUCCCAUAGUUUGGUUAUAUCUUAUUUAAUGUAAUUAUCUUGGCUUAAAUACUCUUUCACGCUGUUAUUUUACCUGGCAGCCCUCUGUUAUUUAGUCUUAAAAGGGCUCGAACACUUAGCGCUUAUUCUUGGCCCUAAUUCUGGGCAGCGUUGGAUGUCAUGGCGGAGUGAAUACAGGGAUCACGGUCAGGCCUCUUAUUGAAAAGAGGAGAAGUCCUGCUAAUGAAACAUAACAAGUUAGCGUUUUCAUAGCCAGGGCUAGCCUGGCACGUGAAGGCAGGUUUUCUAGAGAAACCCGACACCCUGAAGAAUGUGGGCCCUAACAGAUGGUUGUUUCCUACCGACUCGGGUGCUUUUUCAUUGGGACCAGCUGAGUGCUGUGGGGCGCAGCAGACACAGAAUGGGCAAAUUGCAGAAGAAUGAAAAUUCCCUUUGUGUUAUUAUGGUGAAACUCAAGCUCGGAGGGCUCUCUGGUCUGGUCGAGUCUGUAAGCAGCAAUAGUGGUGCUUUUCUUCAGGCACACAUUCCUCUCUCCGAGGUCUCUGUUAGUGUUGUUGAACUCAAAUUCCUCCACUUGAACCUGAGUGGGCCCUUAUUGAAAUAUGAAGUAUUUGAUUUGAUAGCUGUCGUGUUUGACAGCUCGGCGAGACUGAAUAAACACAUUUGUCGACGUGCGUUGGUUUUUCUCCUUAAUGUCUGUCUGAGGGGAAAAUGGUUGGAGAUGGUGGCGGCUCUCCAGAGCCAAACAGACAAAUAUGUUUUUCUCCCCUUCUCAGGAGGACCCGUUUAAGGUGAAGACAUCUGGGUUCAAUAGCGUCCCUCAGGAGAUGCACACAGACCCCUUCCACUCCGAAGACCCCUUCAAGACAGACCCGUUCAAAGGUGCUGAUUCUCUCUCCUCUCCCUCUCUCCCUUUCCUCUCCUUCUCUUUCAACGACCUCUGCAAUCGCUCAUCUCUUCCUUCCAUCUGACUCAUCUCUCCCGUUAUCCCUCCGUCCUCUCCUCCUCAGAUAGUCCUGCUUGAGUUUCCUCUCCUCCUCACUCAAAUGUUCCCACUGUGCUCCCAUCCUCCCUAUCCUGACAUUAUUUGUAGUUUCACCAGAAGCAAUGUGGACUCCUCUGCAGCUUGGCUAAGACUUUGUUUUUUCAGUUCUGCCUUUGUUUGCCUUAAGUGUGCUCUAUAAUUUGUUUUUGAUCCUUCUGGGUUUAGAUUCCCCCUUCCAACGUUUUAGCUUUUGUCCUCUGUGCCAUAGCCUCUGAUUGUUUUCUCCCCCUCCCCCUCAUCCCCCCUCUCAACUCCUCUCCUGUAGGUGACCCCUUCCAAAGCGACCCUUUUGCAAAGCAGCCAUCACUACCAGCGGCCGCAGGUAUUUAUUUAUAAAUAACCAGAAAGAGCCAUACACAAUUAAACUUAUACAUGGACUUACAUACAAUGCCAUCCUCUUGUUAAGUUAAUGACACUCUGGAACUUGUGUCCAACCGGGCUUCCUUCACCGUCCCACUUCUCUCUUUGUAAUAUUGUAGAAUUUUAGUUACCUCUUCUUUAAGACGUAUGUUCCAGAGAAAAUAUUUGCUGAAUGUUGAAUGUUAUUUUAAUAGUUAUUGCCAAAUGUCUGUAGACACUUCUUGUGUUUGUCUUGCGUAAUGGAGAAUGCCUACGUUCUCAAUGUUGACUAUAGCAAAGCCAAUGACAGUUGAACACACACUGCUUUGAACUGAUUAAAAUAAUAUCCAUAAUUUCUAAACAGUUUCUUUACCAACAAUAAAUGGAACUGUCAUAAGGGGAAAUAACAUUGAACAUAGUGACUAACUGGAUUAUAUGAUUCUUACUGAAGAGGUUAACCAAAUUGGACUCACAUUAUCUCAGCUACUAUAUGACUUAUGGUCCAGAUGCUACAGACUACAAUGAACGUUAUUCACAUAGCGUCUCUAUGUGAAGUAUAGGGAACCGUCAGACUAGACUAUGUAAAGGGAAGGUCAAGUCUGAUCCACAGUCUGCUACACUGAGCUCUCCUAGAUCUCUCUCUCCACCCAGACCCCUUUGGGGGGGACCCCUUCAAAGAGACGGACCCCUUCAAGGCCUCGUCGGAAGACUUCUUCAAGAAGACCACCAUCAAGGCAGACCCCUUCAGCACACCCGACCCCUUCAGUAAAAGUGCCACGCUCCCCACCAAGGUACUGUGGCACUUUCUAACCACUCAGUUUAUAUAUGGGUGUAUAUGUAUGUAACUGUUUCUUUAUGCUUGUUCUUGCAGACUAGUCACUUUACAACCAACACAGACCCUUUCAUAUCCAUUAGCCCAAAACCCACCAGAGGCCCAGGACCAGGUACUUGCUCAGGCCCAGGACCAGGUACUUGCUCAGGCCCAGGACCAGGUACUUGCUUUUUCCUAUUCUUCUAUUCCCCCCCCACCCCACUGAACAAGACCUCAACCCCAAGUCCUCUUUACGCUACCCCUCUCCUCAUCACUCUCUCUCAGGCAUGGCUUGUAUAAGUCUGAUUUUUGUAUUCAGAGAGAAGCAUGCACUUUUUGUAUUAAAAAAAAGUAUUAUUAACAGCAACGACCUGGGGUAUAGUUACAGGGGAGAGGAGGUGGGAUAAAUGAGCUAAUCGGAAGCAUUUGUUUUAUUUUCACACCUUUUUGGCCCAGCCUGCUGUUCUGAGUAUAUCGGCAUAUAGGCCUGUGGGGUGGUGAGCUGUCUUAACAGCAGAACAGGUGUCAAGAAGCUGUGAAGAGAGUUCCCAUGUUUAAAAUCCGUUUUCUCUCAGUAGGUCUCAGUAAAAAUAAAUCUACCAUUGUGCCAGGAAGUGUUUGGGUGCUGGUGGUUAACACAUAUCAGUGUUAAAAGACAUCAAUGCCUCAAAUAGAAUUUGUAUGGAUAAGAUGGGUAAAAUAAUGACCCUAAUGGUUUUAAGAGUGGGAAACAGUUGAGGUUCUUGUGAGAUGUUAUAUAUUUUUUACUAAGGUUCCCAUUCUUAGCAGCACAUGGAUCACUUAAAAUUCUUGAAAUAGUCCCAGUGAAAACAGGAGAUGCAUUGUGGCUUGGGCACAGAGGAUGGCUUAUGGCAUCUGAAACACUGUAGCCUAGAGAGGCCUUGGACAGGGCAAUCUGUAACUGUGUAAGUGUGUAGGUCCCAUUCUCAAUCAACUCUUCAUUUCUCUUUAUUUUCCCUAGGGAAUUGCUGUAGUCCAUAGAAACACAUUACGCCAUGCAGUAUUGAAGUCCCGUAGCCAUGCUAGAACACUGGGUUGACUGUGGCAGUUGGAUGUUUGUAGGGUCAGGUUUUCAUGUUAGUUUGCUUAUUACAAUUAUGAGCUGAGAGAGAAGGUGUCACGCCAACUACUUGAAAUUCUCUUUUUUUUUCACCAGCUAAUUUUGUCUUGCCUAUUUUCAAGCUGCUCCUUUUUCUUGACUGAAACUAUACAGGGUUAAAUACACUCAGGAGUCAAACAGUGAAACCUUGAUGCAACAGUGUGCCAACCUUUGAGCAAUGACUCUGGAAGCACAACUCAUCUCAGUCAUGUGUGAUAGAGAAUCCUUUCGAAUACUUUGAACAUUUGUGUAUUUGUUCUGGAUAACCUACACCUUGAAUGUUUCAUGUUGAUAUUUUCUCAGAUCUCUUUGGCACGCUGGACCCCUUUGGAAGCAGUACUGCCUUUGGAGGCAGUAACAGCUCAUUUGGCAGUAACAGUGGGUUUGCAGACUUCAGCCAAAUGUCAAAGGUCAGAGACCCGAUGGAAGGAAGAGGAGGCUUUCCAGAAUACCAGCAGGUACUUCUACCAAAGACUAUGAACUUUUGUAUUGCAUCUAUUCAUUCAGUAGACUGCAUAUUUCCUAUCCUGUGGUGCACAAUUAACCGUUUGUGUAGUUUUACUCAUUUCAAUGGACAUACAGUUGAAGUCGGAAGUUUACAUACACCUUAGCCAGAUACAUUUAAACUCAGUUUUUCACAAUUCCUGACAUUUAAUCCUAGUAAAAAUUCCCUGUCUUAGGUCAGUUAGGAUCACCACUUUAGUUUAAGAAUGUGAACUGUCAGAAUAAUAGUAGAGAGAAUGAUUUAUUUAAGCUUUUAUUUCUUUCAUCACAUUCCCAGUGGGUCAGAAUAAUUAGUAUUUGGUAGCAUUGCCUUUAAAUUGGUUAACUUGGGUCAAACGUUUCGGGUAGCCUUCCACAAGCUUCCCACAAUAAGUUGGGUGAGUUUUGGCCCAUUCCUCAUGACAGAGCUGGUGUAACUGAGUCAGGUUUGUAGGCCUCCUUGCUCGCACAGGCUUUUUCAGUUCUGCCCACAAAUUUUCUAUAGGAUUGAGGUCGGGCUGGUGUAACUGAGUCAGGUUUGUAGGCCUCCUUGCUCGCACAGGCUUUUUCAGUUCUGCCCACACAUUUUCUAUAGGAUUGAGGUCAGGGCUUUGUGAUGGCCAAGCUGUUUAAAGGCACAGUCAACUUAGUGUAUGUAAACUUCUGACCCACUGGAAUUGUGAUACAGUGAAUUAUAAGUGAAAUAAUCUGUCUGUAAACAAUUGUUGGGAAAAUUACUUGUGUCAUGCACAAAGUAGAUGUCCUAACCGACUUGCCAAAACUAUAGUUUGUUAACAAGAAAUGUGUGGAGUGGUUGAAUAAUGACUCCAACCUAAGUGUAUGUAAACUUCCGACUUCAACUGUGCAUCAGUCUUGAUAUGAGUUGGCACUUGACAGUUGUGAAGACUGAUAUCUUCAGCUGUGGCAUCUGAGGGCUCAUACAUUUGUUUGUCUGUCUCUCCCUCCCCCUCUCCAGUCGGGGUUCGUGGACGACCCCUUCAGUAGAAAGCAGGACGGCCCAGCUCUGCCGCCCAAGAAGAGCAUUCCACCCAGACCCAAACCACCCAGUGGUGAGUAAGGCCUGAGGGAAAACAGGGAGAAGUGGAGGGAGGGAGUAAGUGGGAGAAUAGAGAGUGAUUGUAGAAGAGAGAGAGCAAGACAAAGAUGAUUGUUGGGCCACAGAGAGACAGAGGGAAAGGGGAAAUUUUUUUAAAUGAGGGGGAGGUAGUGGGUUAACCAAGGACAGGUAAUGCCACCCGCCUAUGUUUCACUAUGAGUAAUACUACUCCUCUCUGUCACGGGCCCUGCACCACUGGGUGAUUCAGCUACCACUCACUGUGCCAUGUCAUCAUAUAGUGUCACCUUCGUUCAUAGACGGGACGGACCAAGGCGCAGCGUGAUAUGCAUACAUGUUUAUUAUAACAAAUAAACACAACGACAAAACAACAAACUAAACAAAACGUGAAGUCCAAGGUAGACACAAACAACAUACCCCACACGGAACAAGAUCCCACAACUUAACGAGUGCCAAUAGGCUGCAUAAGUAUGAUCCCCAAUCAGAGACAACGAGUGACAGCUGCCUCUGAUUGGGAACCACACCGGCCAACAUAGAACUACACAUACUAGAACAUAAACAUAGAUAUACACCACAUAGAAAAUCACACCCUGACUCAACAAAUAAGAGUCCCCUGAGUCAGGGCGUGACAUAUAGAUUAAUUUACUAUUUUACAUUAAUUAAUGUAUCAGCAUUACUCUUCGCAAUAUAGGUCCAUUUCAUCUUACAGAUGUAGGAUUUUAAUUUGAGCCAGUUUGUUACAGCAGGAAAAUAAUCCUGCAGCAACAGACAAUGUGAAUUAUUAUGUGGAUUAUAAUGAAAGGGGAAUGGAAACACUAGGCUUUAGAACACCAGCUAACUGUAACUGUAAAUUGCCAUAUUGGCAUUGUUAGAUCAUCGAUAAGAGAGUUUUGGAAUUCCUGAAUUUACUGAGACCAUAUACAUGUAUGAAAACAUGGUCCAUAUUUUGAAAGCUAAGAAACAGCCCUUUAUGCUAAGCAUAUGUUAGGAACUCAAGACUGUUGGAAAAGCAUUCCUCAUGAAGCUAGUUGAGAGAAUGCCAAGAGUGUGCAAAGCUGUCAUCAAGGCAAAGGGUGGCUACUUUGAAGAAUCUCAAAUAUAAAAUAUAUUUUGAUUUGUUUAACACUUUUUUGGUUACUACAUGAUUCCAUAUGUGUUAUUUCAUAGUUUUGAUGUCUUCACUAUUAUUCUACAAUGUAGAAAAUAGUAAAAUAAAGAAAAACCUUUAAUGAGUAGGUGUGUCCAAACUUUUGACUGGUACUGUAUAUGCACCAAAACAUAUUACAAAUAGCAUUUAGUCUUACAUGUGCUAUGGAAAGACAUGCACAAGUAAUAUAAUAUUAAUAAAACAAUAACUUUAUUGAAAGAAUAAGGUUAGGGGAAUACAUUGUCUCAUUCAAACCUGAAAAAUGUGCAAGUUACAUCAUGCUAUCACAUUCCGCUAGUCCUGUAGCCUAAUACACAAAGAGUCAGUAUGAGAACAAAUUAAAAGCAUGAAAGAAAGGGGAAAUGACCAGAGGAACACUCUGAGCUACUGGGUGAAGACUAAGAGACCCAUUACUAGUAUUUAUGUAUGGAAUGUAGAUCUAUGUAUGUGUCAUGUGAGGGUGUGAUUUCCCCUCAGCCCUGUUUGCAGCCUCAGCAGCAUGUUCUCCAGUCUCUCUAGCCCCUGCCUAUCCUUGCCACCGUGGGGGCAGCUAUUGACUGCCUGGCGCACAGGUGACAUGUCUAUAGUAUCGAUCUCCUAAAAAAAGGUAUGUUAGCUGACAGUCCACCACAGUGUCCUAUAGACAGAGACAGGGACAGAGAGAGGGAAAGUAUUUAAAAUAACAUAGACCUAAUUUAUAGGCCUAUUAGUACAUUACAAUAAUACAUAAUUGACAGUUACCUUCCAGUCAAAAAGCUUGGCUGAGAGGCAGAAGCAUCACGUGGUGGCUCCAACUUCAUCUGGCUCCUCCAUUUCAAUCUCAUCCUCUUUGUCCUCAUCUUCCCCAUGUAGCGAUGAACCUUCAGCACAGAAAAAAGGGAAUCAUUUUUUGUUGUUGUUGUCAUUUAGCAGACGCUCUUAUCCAGAGCGACUUACAGUUAGUGCAUACAUUAUUUUUUAUACCCCCCCGUGGGAAGUGAACCCACAAUCAUGACUGGAAGGGAAUUGUACAAGUUAUCAAUCGGCUUGAAAGGUGACAAAGUUCAAUUUUAUUAUCCAAAGGUUUUCACUCACAUUUGAGAAAACGUAAAAUAACUGAAAUAAUAUUAUAAUGUAUGCCUGUAAGUAGCAAAUAACCAGCUAAACCAGGAUAAUUUACCAAGCUGACUACCAAUCUGAGCUUGCAAAAGUAUAGCUAGCUAGCUAUCAUCAUAAGGGUUAGGCUUCAGGCUUAGGCUACAUUCAUUCUUGCAAUCAUAGCUAUCACAGAUAAAAAUACACAUAAUAUAUCGAAAGAUAUCUAGCUAUGUAGUUACUGUAGCUACCUAGCUAUAUGGGUAUCAUAGCUACAUUUUACUGGUAAAAUAGCAAUCCUGCAGCAGCCCUCUCUUCUGGCUGGCUGGCUGGCUAGCUAAAUCUAAUCACUUUGUUUGUUUUAGCUAGGUCUAGCUCAUGCCUAACGACAAAUGCUCUUCUAUUUUAUUUUGUACAGUCAUCAAUGAAAACAUUUACAUCAAAAUGACAAGACGAGAAGAGCUAAAUCAAGUAGGCUAGCUAGCUACCUUGCCUCGUUUUGGCUGAUUGUCUACUGGGCUUGUUAUCAAAAUGUCAUUUCACAGACAGACUCAUCUUAUCAAUCAGAAAAAAUACUCUAAAAAGUACAUAUUGUAAUUACCAACAUAAAAUUGAAUUGUAUACAGUCUCUUACCGUAAUUAAUAUUGUUGUCCUGAUCUCAGUGACAGAGCUGUCAAAGUUGUAAGAAACCAUUCAGGUCCACUAGAGGCGAGGCGCCUCCCGGUGGCAGCAUUCACUUUCAGUCUCCAUGCCAAAACACAAUUUGUUCACUUCUACCAAUGACGCAUUGGCGUCAGUCAUUACUAUGGCAAUUCAAGAUGGCGCUACCCAUACUUCUAAUAAACGUUGUUCAAGAUCAAAAUACUUUAAAAUAGAGAUAUUUCUAUGUUACAAGCAUGUUUGGUAUUAGUGGAUUGAAUACAUCGCUUUGUUCCGCUUAACUUCCUGAAGUGUUUCCAUUCCCCUUUAAUUGACAUUUCUGUAGGGGUUGAUACAUUUUUCAUUAGGGAAAAUCAAGUCGGACAUUUCUAAGUGGAAAUUACAAACUUUAGAAGCCUUUUUAUAACUCAAAUAUACUACAAGUUUGCAUUUCCUGUUGUGCAGGAACAUUCUCAGCAACAAAAGAGUGACCAAAUGAUGAUCCUACUUCUGUAGUUCUGUGUUAUAGAAUUGUAAUUGUUUACUAUCCCUUUGUCUUUUCCCCUCUUAUGGUCUUUGUCACCUCACUGUAAGUGUUCCCCUCUUUUGUUUUGUUCUUCUAGUGAAACACACAGAAGAACGUUGUGAGUAUGGAUGGCAUGGCUUAUCAUGACAUACAGUGCAUUCGGAAAGUAUUCAGGCCCCUUGACUUUUUCCACAUUUUGUUUCGUUACAGCCUUAUUCUAAAACGGAUUAAAUAGUUCCCCCCCCCCUCAUUAAUCUACACACAAUACCCCAUAAUGACAAUGCAAAAACAGGUUUUUAGAAUUUUUGGCAAACAGUAAAAAAAAAAAAAAAAAUUAAAUAUCACAUUUACAUAAGUAUUCAGACCCUUUAUGCUGUACGUUGUUGAAGCACCUUUGGCAGCGAUUACAGCCUCAAGUCUUCUUGGGUAUGACGCUACAAUAUUGGCACACCUGUAUUUGGGGAGUUUCUCCCAUUCUUCUCUGUAGAUCCUCUCAAGCUCUGUCAGGUUGGAUGGGGAGCGUCGCUGCACAGCUAUUUUCAGGUCUCUCCAGAGAUGUUCGAUCGGGUUCAAGUCUGGGCUCUGGCUGGGCCACUCAAGGACAUUCAGAGACAUGUCCCAAAGCCACUCCUGCGUUGUCUUGGCUGUGUGCUUAGGGUCGUUGUCCUGUUGGAAGGUGAACCUUUGCUCUGGAGCACGUUUUCAUCAAGGAUAUCUCUGUACUUUCACUCUCAUCUUUCCCUCAAUCCUGACUAUUCUCCCAGUCCCUGCCGUUGAAAAACAUCCCCACAGCAUGAUGCUGCUAACACCAUGCUUCACCGUUGGGAUGGUGCCAGGUUUCCUCCAGACGUGACACUUGGCUUUCAGGCCAAAGAGUUCAAUCUUGGUUUCAUCAGACCAGAGAAUCUUGUUUCUCAUGGUCUCAGAGUCCUUUAGGUGCUUUUUGGCAAACUCCAAGCGGGCUGUCAUGUGCCUUUUACUGAAAAGUUGCUUCCGUCUGGCCACUCUACCAUAAAGGCUUGAUUGGUGGAGUGCUGCAGAGAUGGUUGUCCUUCUGGAAGGAACUCUGGAGCUCUGUCAGAGUGACCAUCAGGUUCUUAGUCACCUCCCUGACCAAGGCCCUUCUCCCCCGAUUGCUCAGUUUAGCCGGGCGGCCAGCUCUAGGAAGAGUCUUGGUGGUUCCAAACUUCUUCCAUUUAAGAAUGAUGGAGGCCACUGUGUUCUUGCGGACCUUCAAUGCUGCAGAAUUUUUUUGGUACCCUUCCCCAGAUCUGUGCCUCGACACAAUCCUGUCUCUGAGCUCUACGGACCUCAUAUUCCUUUGACCUCAUGGCUUGGUUUUUGCUCUGACAUGCACUGUCAACUGUGGGACCUCAUAUAGACAGGUGUGUGCCUUUCCAAAUCAUGUCCAAUCAAUUGAAUUUACCACAGGUGGACUCCAAUCAAGUUGUAGAAACAUCUCAAGGAUGAUUAAUGGAAACAGGAUGCACCUGAGCUGAAUUUCGAGUCUCAUAGCAAAGGGUCUGAAUACUUAUGUAAAUAAGGUAUUUCUGUUUUUUUAUUUGUAAUACAUUUACAAACAUUUCUGUUUUCACUUUAUCAUUAUGGGGUGUUGUGUGUAGAUUGAUGAAGAAAACUUUUUAUUUAAUCCAUUUUAAAAUAAGGCUUUAACAUAACAAAAUGUAGAAAAAGGGAAGGGGUCUGAAUACUUUCCGAAUGCACUGUAUCUUCUGACUGUUAGAACAUAGUUCACUAGAAGCUGUUGUAAGGGACCUGUAUAGUCUUUGAAGCCUAAACUCAGCUGGUGUUGCCUUCUUACCUCUGCAUGAUAAAAGUAGAAUAUGCUAGUCAUAGAUCAAACAGCAAUUCUCACUGCAGCUCAGAAACAUUGUUUUUGACUGGCAUGAAAACCCCUUUUCUUUCCACCCUGAGCUCUACUUGGUUGUAAACAGGAAAGGCACUUCAUGGGUACAGAUACGUUCAUCAUCUCUGCCAAACAAGUGUCCUUUUCAUUCUCCUUUCGAAGAUUGAAUAAACAGAACAGGUUUGCAGUUGCCUAUGCAGUAACUCUGCUCAACUUAGAAGCAACACAAUGUGCUUUUUAGCCAUGAAGUUAGUUAGUGAAAGUCUUAUUUCACCAUUUAAACCUCACAAAGGAAGUUGAAUUGGCCACGAUAUUAAGAUUUCACCACAUAUUAGUAUUAAAGGGGCCCCACUUUAUCGUAAAACCAUGUAUGCAAUAUGCAGUGUAAUUUCACUGUAGCCUAGGUACACUGUACACAUUAUUAUAUAGCAGAUGCAACUUUUAUGCAUGUGUGUGGUUUGUGUGCUUAGUUACUUUUCCAUUAGAUUUAGAAAAAAAUAAUGAAUUGUAGCUAAACAUCCCCUAUCUGUAAAAUCCUUGCUUGAGAUUAGUGUUAGAUGACUGGAACUGGAUGACUAUUAGACUAUUGCUUGAGAGAUCAACCCUGAUGCCAGGCUGCAGUGAGAACACAGAACAACAGUUCUCACAGGAAUACACAGAUGAUCUGUGGUUGGCCAUGCUGACACCAGAUCACCCAAUGUUCUCAACUCCACCCUUCCCCACUUCCUCUGUUUCCACUGUGUGUGUGUACACACUCGGGUGAGCAGUGUAGCUUCUCUGGCGACCUCUUGCCCAACUCUGGUCACACUCUGUGCCCUGCCCAAUGCCAUAUCUAAACCUCUUUCACACCUGGGUUUAUGUAUCCAAAUUAGGGUAGAGCAGAAUUUGCAACAAGUGAAAGGUCACGACAUAGAGUGAUAGUUUGAUGUAGAUAUCUCUUAUUUUUCUACAGUCAAUCAUGAAUAGGACAUAUGAUAUAUGUUAUGAGAAUAAUGUCAGAACCUUUGUUUGUGGGGCUCUGAGGUGUGCCUUGUGCAUGACAUUGAUAGACGGCAUUGAUAAUGUGCUGGUAUUUUGGAGCAGGGUGGAGCUGACGGUUUGUGGUGAAGAGUAUGUGCCAUUUACUGAAAGAGAGAAACUGAUUGCCUAGCUGUUCAGUGACUGUGAACUACUAACCUUGGCAGGCCUGGUAUAAAUAACAGCUCGAUUGACAACGUGGUUAACACCUUCAGAAGCAACAACAACCAGCACUACAUUCCCACGGCUUAGAAACAUCUCUACCAUGUUAACAUGGGCUUAAUUUAGAGUCGUUUCAGUUCAGUUAAAUUAUUUACAUAUUUAACCUAUGUGGAAAUGAAGAUGGCGAAUACAAUGAGUUGGCAUAACUAAGGCCAGAAGUUUUUCCUGACAUAACCAGGUAUAACUCUGGGCCCUAGUUAGUUGUUCUUGGUAAGGUCAUGUGGUCAUUAACAACUCCUGGCCCUAGGCAUGUAGCAUCUAGGCCUCACAAAAACUCUAAAAUCACCCACUGAGGAGAGAUCUGAUGAACUUGUGAACUGAAACUUGUGUUGGUUAUGUGGGCAUAAACUCUACCCAUCUGCUCACCAUAAAACCCAGCAUAAAAGAGAAAAUGACUCUCGCCAUGUACAGUGGGGAAAAAAAGUAUUCAGUCAGCCACCGAUUGUGCAAGUUCUCCCACUUAAAAAGAUGAGAGAGGCCUGUAAUUUUCAUCAUAGGUACACGUCAACUAUGACAGACAAAAUGAGAGAGAAAAAAUCCAGAAAAUCACAUUGUAGGAUUUUUUAUGAAUUUAUUUGCAAAUUAUGGUGGAAAAUAAGUAUUUGGUCAAUAACAAAAGUUUCUCAAUACUUUGUUAUAUACCCUUUGUUGGCAAUGACACAGGUCAAACGUUUUCUGUAAGUCUUCACAAGGUUUUCACACACUGUUGCUGGUAUUUUGGCCCAUUCCUCCAUGCAGAUCUCCUCUAGAGCAGUGAUGUUUUGGGGCUGUCGCUGGGCAACACGGACUUUCAAUUCCCUCCAAAGAUUUUCUAUGGGGUUGAGAUCUGGAGACUGGCUAGGCCACUCCAGGACCUUGAAAUGCUUCUUACGAAGCCACUCCUUCGUUGCCCGGGCGGUGUGUUUGGGAUCAUUGUCAUGCUGAAAGACCCAGCCACGUUUCAUCUUCAAUGCCCUUGCUGAUGGAAGGAGGUUUUCACUCAAAAUCUCACGAUACAUGGCCCCAUUCAUUCUUUCCUUUACACGGAUCAGUCGUCCUGGUCCCUUUGCAGAAAAACAGCCCCAAAGCAUGAUGUUUCCACCCCCAUGCUUCACAGUAGGUAUGGUGUUCUUUGGAUGCAACUCAGCAUUCUUUGUCCUCCAAACACGGCGAGUUGAGUUUUUACCAAAAAGUUCUAUUUUGGUUUCAUCUGACCAUAUGACAUUCUCCCAAUCCUCUUCUGGAUCAUCCAAAUGCACUCUAGCAAACUUCAGACGGGCCUGGACAUGUACUGGCUUAAGCAGGGGGACACGUCUGGCACUGCAGGAUUUGAGUCCCUGGCGGCGUAGUGUGUUACUGAUGGUAGGCUUUGUCACUUUGGUCCCAGCUCUCUGCAGGUCAUUCACUAGGUCCCCCCGUGUGGUUCUGGGAUUUUUGCUCACCGUUCUUGUGAUCAUUUUGACCCCACAGGGUGAGAUCUUGCGUGGAGCCCCAGAUCGAGGGAGAUUAUCAGUGGUCUUGUAUGUCUUCCAUUUCCUAAUAAUUGCUCCCACAGUUGAUUUCUUCAAACCAAGCUGCUUACCUAUUGCAGAUUCAGUCUUCCCAGCCUGGUGCAGGUCUACAAUUUUGUUUCUGGUGUCCUUUGACAGCUCUUUGGUCUUGGCCAUAGUGGAGUUUGGAGUGUGACUGUUUGAGGUUGUGGACAGGUGUCUUUUAUACCGAUAACAAGUUCAAACAGGUGCCAUUAAUACAGGUAACGAGUGAAGGACAGAGGAGCCUCUUAAAGAAGAAGUUACAGGUCUGUGAGAGCCAGAAAUCUUGCUUGUUUGUAGGUGACCAAAUACUUAUUUUCCACCAUAAUUUGCAAAUAAAUUCAUAAAAAAUCCUACAAUUUGAUUAUCUGGAUUUUCUUUCUCAAUUUGUCUGUCAUAGUUGACGUGUACCUAUGAUGAAAAUUACAGGCCUCUCUCAUCUUUUUAAGUGGGAGAACUUGCACAAUUGGUGGCUGACUAAAUACUUUUUUUCCCCACUGUAUUUUGAUACUGGUUAAUGCAUGUAAUUUAAUGUGUGUUUAAUUCAUACCAUGCUGGCAUGUUGUUUCAGUACAAUUUAGUAUCUCUGCAUUGUUUGUGUGCUCUCUAUUUUGUUUAUGUUGAGCUGCUUGUGGUUUUGGUGCACCACGAGUGUAGCUGAAACUGCUGUGGUUUUCAAAGCUUUUCAUGAUAGAACUCUCUCGUGAGGCGAGAAGUGGAGUUGGGGGGUGGGGUCAGCGUUUGGGGGGGUGGGAAGGCUGUAGCGAGCAGACAUUGAUAAGGAAAAACAUCUCAUUUCCAUGGUAAAAGUGAUCAAACCAUCACCUAAUACUUGUAGUUGUCUUCGUAACCACACAUUUAAUAUUUGAGACAUCAGUGUAACAUGUUAAUAGUUCACAUGGAAGUACCCCAUAUCUCUGCUGUGGUCUCUUCUAUAGGGGAAAUGACUGUGUCCUUAUUGUCUCAAUAUCCUCAGGUAAAAGCACCCCCGUCAACAUGCCUGGAGGAGCAGGCGACUCGGCCAAGCCCUGCGACCCCUUCCAGCCGUUCGGCAGUGACGCCAUCGACCCCUUUCAGAGUAAAAAGGGGGUUGGAGACCCCUUUAGUGGCAAAGAACCUUUUGCUCCAUCUUCCUCAAGUAAAGCCUCUAAAGACUCUUCCUUGGGUUUUGCAGACUUCAGUUCUGUAAGUUGAGCUCAGUGAUACUCUCUCUCUCUGUCCAGACCAGUCUUUAUAUACCUAGCCACUACCGCUCUGCUUUAGUUCCCAUAACGUUAACUGAAGGAUCUAGAGCGGAGCUAACCACAAGGCCCAGGAUGUUUAUCUACACCUUUCUGCAUCCUGGCCUCCCUUCACUGUGCAGACAUCUCUCUUAGUCAAUAACCUACCAUCACUCCACACAAAGACCAGAGCCAGGCAUCUUCCUACUCAGACCCAUGGCAAAUUAACCACCAUGUAGGCUAACUGUUGGCUAUGGCAUAAUCACUAGCAAUAACUACUGUUUAAGAUCACUGAUAAUCUGAUUAUCACUUUAAUCGUGUGAUCCAACCCUACCUCAUAUCUAAGAUGAUGACUCUGAACUCCCACACAUUUUUGCCAUCUAGCUGUUUUCUGUUGAGUGUAAGCCUGUCUAAGGUUCCACAAGACUCACUUAUCUAUACUGUGUUAUGAUUUUGGGUAGGGGGGGGUGGGUUUCUCAACCCUUGCGUUGUAGUUGGUUGCGCACCACCUACAAUGCAUUUGGUAUUGUGCAGUAAAGCGCAGAGCUGCAUUGCAGAAGUGGUCCCCAGCACUCGUGCAGGAAAGGGUGUCAGCCCUUUUUGUGGUUUGAUGUGUACGCCGCGAUUGGAACAUAAAUGUGCCAUUUGGUUUGUUGCUGGGUAGAAUGCUAGAGGCUCCCCAAAACAAGCACAAUUGAAAAGUAUUAUUUCCACCGCCUCUCUAGCAGUCCAAUAAGUGGAUUCUGGCAGUGUGAAGUAUAAUUCAACUAGCCAGUUGGUGCUUUAAGGUCAGUGUUCAAUAAUCCAGCCAGUUUGGUGCUAUGGCCUGGGCUGUCUGUCUAAACCAACCAAUGGGUGUCUCACACAGUGUAGCCAUAAUCCAGUAUGUAUUUAGGAUCCUCAUAUCUGAAUAUUGACCUUUUCCUCCCGGCAUCAGCAGUCAGUUAGUCAGCCAGUCACACAGUAAGGCAGCCAGCCACUCAGCCAGUCAUUCAGUCGGUGCGUACCCUAGGCCAGGCUAGGCCAGAAAGGGGAGCCCAUCCGGUGUGGUUUAGUGACUGACAGCUCCAAGCCACUGGUCUGGCUGUGGGAUCUGUUGACACGGGAAGCAGUAGUAUCACUACUCAGCUCUCAGUCCUGAGUUCUUACCCCUCAGUUCUAUGGUGUGUGUCAGUCAUGUGUGUCCUACUAGUGUGUUUAGAUGCAGUAUUAGUGUCUAUCAUGGUUUUGUAUUUUCUUUAGGCUUAGUUUGCUCAAUCUGGUUAGUUUUGGUCUGCUGCAUGACAUUGGUAGCAUAGAUCCUGCUUUACUAUCUCUGACUUGUACCAAACUACUCCCAAAGUUGUCAAAACUAUUUUAACAGAAUCAACUGCCCGUAUUGUAUUGAAACUAAAGAGGCAUGGUGUUCCACAUUGAAGAUAUUAUCUAGAAAAAUACCAUAUGAACUUGGCCCCUGAAUUGAAUUAUAAAUAUUUCAAGGAAACAAAUGUAAUUUAGCUAUUAAAUGCCUCAAUGGACUCUGUUCCAUAUUUAUUUUGGUCAGCAUGAUUCCAAGAAUUGAAUGGCCUCACUUGACCCUGACAUUUGAAUCAGAUCUAAGGAUGGUAAAGCAGUAUGUUAGAAUGUGUGUGCGUUUUGAUAUGUAUGGGAGAAGUUCCUAGUUUUACUUUGCUGUGAUUGUUACUUAGGCUAGAUCUCAUACUAUCACUUUAACAGAGAAUGAAAUACGUAUUUUUUGUCCUUUCCAUUUUCUCUCUGCAUGUCGUCUUUGCAUGUUGUUCAAAUAUGCUUUUAGUUGCUCAUUCAUUUUCAUUUGGAAACUAACUGAAAAGGUCCUCCAUGUGGCCUUCUCAUAGUUAGUUGUAUCUUGUGGUGACGGUGUUUCGUAGUGUGCUCGGUGUAAAAUGUAUGGUGUGAUACACGAUUAGUGAAUUAUUUCUUUGGUGUUUUGUCAUUCAUUUUUCUCUCGCAGGACCAGAAAAAGUUAAGGUAAGAAUGUUUAACAAUGCCGUCAAAUUGAAAAGUGCUUCGUUUUGUGUUUUUCUCACGUACUGUAGGUUCUGAGCACAACCGCUCAGGUUUAACAAUAAGAAGCACCUUUCCUCUGACAGCAGAACACACUUAAAUUGAAUAUUAAAGUACGGAUAGGGAUAGGUCAGCUACAGUUGAAGUCGGAAGUUUACAUACACUUAGGAUGGAGUCAUUAAAACCCGUUUUUCAACCACUCCACAAAUUUCUUGUUAACGAACUAUAGUUUUGGGAAGUCGGUUAGGACAUCUACUUUGUGCAUGACACAAGUAAUUUUUCCAACAAUUGUUUACAGACAGAUUAUUUCACUUAUAAUUCACUGUAUCACAAUUCCAGUGGGUCAGAAGUUUACAUACACUAAGUUGACUGUGCCUUUAAACAGCUUGGACAAUUCCAGAAAAUGAUGUCAUGGUUUUAGAAGCUUCUGAUAGGCUAAUUGACAUAAUUUGAGUCGAUUUGAGGUGUACCUGUGGAUGUACAGUCGUGGUCAAAAGUUUUGAGAAUGACACAAGUAUUGGUCCUCACAAAGUUUGCUGCUUCAGUGUAUUUAGAUAUUUUUGUCAGAUGUUACUAUGGUAUACUGAAGUAUAAUUACAAGCAUUCCAUAAGUGACAAAGGCUUUUAUUGACAAUUACAUUAAGUUUAUGCAAUGAGUCAAUAUUUGCAGCGUUGACCCUUCUUUUUCAAGACCUCUGCAAUCCGCCCUGGCAUGCUGUCAAUUAACUUCUGGGCCACAUCCUGACUGAUGGCAGCCCAUUCUUGCAUAAUCAAUGCUUGGAGUUUGUCAGAAUUUGUGGGUUUUUAUUUGUCCACCCGCCUCUUGAGGAUUGACCACAAGCUCUCAAUGGGAUUAAGGUCUGGGGAGUUUCCUGGCCAUGGACCCAAAAUGUCGAUGUUUUGUUCCCCAAGCCACUUAGUUAUCACUUGCCUUAUGGCAAGGUGCUCCAUCAUGCUGGAAAAGGCAUUGUUCGUCACCAAACUGUUCUUGGAUGGUUGGGAGAAGUUGCUCUCGGAGGAUGUGUUGGUACCAUUCUUCAUUCAUGGCUGUGUUCUUUGGCAAAAUUGUGAGUGAGCCCACUCCCUUGGCUGAGAAGCAACCCCACACAUGAAUGGUCUCAGGAUGCUUUACUGUUGGCAUGACACAGGACUGAUGGGAGCGCUCACCUUGUCUUCUCCGGACAAGCUUUUUUCCAGAUGCCCCAAACAAUCGGAAAGGGGAUUCAUCAGAGAAAAUGACUUUACCCCAGUCCUCAGCAGUCCAAUCCCUGUACCUUUUGCAGAAUAUCAGUCUGUCCCUGAUGUUUUUCCUGGAGAGAAGUGGCUUCCUCGCUGCCCUUCUUGACACCAGGCCAUCCUACAAAAGUCUUCGCCUCACUGUGCGUGCAGAUGCACUCACACCUGCCUGCUGCCAUUCCUGAGCAAGCUCUGCACUGGUGGUGCCCCGAUCCCGCAGCUGAAUCAACUUUAGGAGACGGUCCUGGUGCUUGCUGGACUUUCUUGGGCACCCUGAAGCCUUCUUCAGAACAAUUGAACCUCUCUCCUUGAAGUUCUUGAUGAUCCGAUAAAUGGUUGAUUUAGGUGCAAUCUUACUAGCAGCAAUAUCCUUGCCUGUGAAGCCCUUUUUGUGCAAAGCAAUGAUGACGGCACGUGUUUCCUUGUAGGUAACCAUGGUUAAAAGAGGAAGAACAAUGAUUUCAAGCACCACCCUCCUUUCAAAAGCUUCCAGUCUGUUAUUCUAACUCAAUCAGCAUGACAGAGUGAUCUCCAGCCUUGUCUUCGUCAACACUCUCACCUGUGUUAACGAGAGAAUCACUGACAUGAUGUCAGCUGGUCCUUUUGUGGCAGGGCUGAAAUGCAGUGGAAAUGUUUUUUUGGGAUUAAGUUCAUUUUCACGGCAAAGAGGGACUUUGCAAUUAAUUGCAAUUCAUCUGAUCACUCUUCAUAACAUUUUGGAGUAUAUGCAAAUUGCCAUCAUUAAAACUGAGGCAGCAGACUUUGUGAAAAUGUAUAUUUGUGUCAUUCUCAAAACUUUAGACCACGACUGUAUUUCAAGGCCUACCUUCAAACUCAGUGCAUCUUUGCUUGACAUCAUGGGAAAAUCAAAAGAAAUCAGCCAAGACCUCAGAAAAAGAAUUGUAGACCUCCACAAGUCUGGUUCAUCCUUGGGAGCAAUUUCCAAACGCCUGAAGGUACCACAUUCAUCUGUACAAACAAUAGUACGCAAGUGUAAACACCAUGGGAUCACGCAGCCGUCAUACCGCUCAGGAAGGAGACGCGUUCUGUCUCCUAGAGAUGAACGUACUUUGGUGUGAAAAGUGCAAAUCAAUCCCAGAACAACAGCAAAGGACCUCGUGAAGAUGCUGGAAGAAAAAGGUACAAAAGUAUCUAUAUCCACAGUAAAACGAGUCCUAUAUCGACAUAACCUGAAAGGCCGCUCAGCAAGGAAGAAGCCACUGCUCCAAAACCGCCAUAAAAAAGCCAGACUGCGGUUUGCAACUGCACAUGGGGACAAAGAUCGUACUUUUUGGAGAAAUGUCCUCUGGUCUGAUGAAACAAAAAUAGAACUGUUUGGCCAUAAUGACCAUUGUUAUGUUUGGAGGUAAAAGGGGGUCCUUGCAAGCAGAAGAACACCAUCCCAACCGUGAAGCACGGGGGUUGCAGCAUCAUGCUGUGGGGGUGCUUUGCUGCAGGAGGGACUGGUGCACUUCACAAAAUAGAUGGCAUCAUGAGGAAGAAAAAUGAUGUGGAUAUAUUGAAGCAACAUCUCAAGAUAUCAGUCAGGAAGUUAAAGCUUGGUCGCAAAUGGGUCUUCCAAAUGGACAAUGACCCCAAGCAUACUUCCAAAGUUGUGGCAAAAUGGCUUAAGGACAACAAAGUCAAGGUAUUGGCGUGGCCAUCACAAAGCCCUGACCUCAAUCCUAUGGAAAAUGUGUGGGCAGAACUGAAAAAGCGUGUGCGAGCAAGGAGGCCUACAAACCUGACUCAGUUACACUAGCUCUGUCAGGAGGAAUGGGCCAAAAUUCACCCAACUUAUUGUGGGAAGCUUGUGGAAGGCUACCCGAAACGUUUGACCCAAGUUAAACAAUUUAAAGGCAAUGCUACCAAAUACUAAUUGAGUGUAACUUCUGAUGAAAGAAAUAAAAGCUGAAAUAAAUCAUUCUCUCUACUAUUAUUCUGACAUUUCACAUUCUUAAAAUAAAGUGGUGAUCCUAACUGACCUAAAACAGGGAAUUUUUACUAGGAUUAAAUGUCAGGAAUUGUGAAAAACUGAAUUUAAAUGUAUUUGGCUAAGGUGUAUGUAAACUUCCGACUUCAACUGUAGAAUGUGUGUGUAGUGUGUAUAUUUUGUGUGUGUGCGGAUGCUUUUGUGUGCAUGCUGAUGUGUGAUGUGUGUGUUAAUAUGUGUGGGUACAUUACAGUGAGGGAAAAAAGUAUUUGAUACCCUGCUGAUUUUGUACGUUUGCCCACUGACAAAGAAAUUAUCAGUCUAUAAUUUUAAAGGUAGGUUUAUUUGAACAGUGAGAGACAGAAUAACAACAAAAUAAUCCAGAAAAAGCUGCCUAUGACCCCAAGAACACCAUCCCCACCGUCAAACAUGGAGGUGGAAACAUUAUGCUUUGGGGGUGUUUUUCUGCUAAGUGGACAGGACAACUUCACUGCAUCAAAGGGAUGAUGGACGGGGCCAUGUACUGUCAAAUCUUGGGUGAGAACCUCCUUCCCUCAGCCAGGGCAUUGAAAAUGGGUCUUGGAUGGGUAUUCCAGCAUGACAAUGACCCAAACCACACGGCCAAGGCAACAAAGGAGUGGCUCAAGAAGAAGCACAUUAAGGUCCUGGAGUGGCCUAGCCAGUCUCCAGACCUUAAUCCCAUAGAAAAUCUGUGGAGGGAGCUGAAGGUUCGAGCUGCCAAACGUCAGCCUCGAAACCUUAAUGACUUGGAGAAGCUCUGCAAAGAGGAGUGGAACAAAAUCCCUCCUGAGAUGUGUGCAAACCUGGUGGCCAACUACAAGAAACGUCUGACCUCUGUGAUUGCCAACAAGGGUUUUGCCACCAAGUACUAAGUCAUGUUUUGCAGAGGGGUCAAAUACUUAUUUCCCUCAUUAAAAUGCAAAUCAAUUCAUAACAAUUUUGAAAUGAGUUUUUUCUGGAUUACUUUGUUGUUAUUCUGUCUCUCACUGUUCAAAUAAACCUACCAUUAAAAUUAUAGACUGAUCAUGUCUUUGUCAGUGGGCAAACGUACAAAAUCAUCAGGGGAUCAAAUACUUUUUUCCCUCACUGUAUAUAGUUAUAAUACAAAACUACAGUCAUAUACAGUGGCUUGCGAAUAUUCACCCCCAUUGGCAUUUUUCCUAUUUUGUUGCCUUACAACCUGGAAUUAAAAUGGAUUUUUGGGGGGUUUGUAUCAUUUGAUUUACACAACAUGCCUACCACUUUGAAGAUGCAAAAUAUUUUUGAUUGUGAAACAAACAAGAAAUAAGACAAAAAAACUGAAAACUUGAGCGUGCAUAACUAUUCACCCCCCCAAAGUCAAUACUUUGUAGAGCCACCGUUUGCAGCAAUUACAGCUGCAAGUCUCUUGGGGUAUGUCUCUAUAAGCUUGGCACAUCUAUCCACUGGGAGUUUUGCCCAUUCUUCAAGGUAAAACUGCUCCAGUUCCUUCAAGUUGGAUGGGUUCCGCUGGUGUACAGCAAUCUUUAAGUCAUACCACAGAUUCUCAAUUGGAUUGAGGUCUCGGCUUUGACUAGGCUAUUCCAAGACAUUUAAAUGUUUUCCCUUAAACCACUUGUUUGUUGCUUUAGCAGUAUGCUUAGGGUCAUUGUCCUGCUGGAAGGUGAACCUCCGUCCCAGUCUUAAAUCUCUGGAAGACUGAAACAGGUUUCCCUCAAGAAUUUCCCUGUAUUUAGCGCCAUCCAUCAUUCCUUCAAUUCUGACCAGUUUCCCAGUCCCUGCCGAUGAAAACCAUCCCCACAGCAUGAUGCUGCCACCACCAUGCUUCACUGUGGGGAUGGUGUUCUCGGGGUGAUGAGAGGUGUUGGGUUUGCGCCAGACGUAGCGUUUACCUUGAUGGCCAAAAAGCUCAAUUUUAGUCUCAUCUGACCAGAGUACCUUCUUCCAUAUGUUUGGGGAGUCUCCCACAUGGCUUUUGGCGAACACCAAACGUGUUUGCUUAUUUUUUUCUUUAAGCAAUGGCUUUUUUCUGGCCAGUCUUCCGUAAAGCUCUGUGGCGUGUACGGCUUAAAGUGGUCCUAUGGACAGAUACUCCAAUCUCCGCUGUGGAGCUUUGCAGCUCCUUCAGGGUUAUCUUUGGUCUCUUUGUUUCCUCUCUGAUUAAUGCCCUCCUUGCCUGGUCCGUGAGUUUUGGCAGGUUUGUUGUGGUGCCAUAUUCUUUCCAUUUUUUAUAAUGCAUUUAAAGGUGCUCCGUGGGAUGUUCAAAGUUUCGGAUAUUUUUUUAUAACCCAACCCUGAUCUGUACUUCUCCACAACUUUGUCCCUGACCUGUUUGGAGAGCUCCUUGGUCUUCAUGGUGCCGCUUGCUUGGUGGUGCCCCUUGCUUAGUGGUGUUGCAGACUUUGGGGCCUUUCAGGACAGGUGGAUAUAUACUGAGAUCAUGUGACAGAUCAUGUGACACUUAGAUUGCACACAGGUGGACUUUAUUUAACUAAUUAUGUGACUUCUGAAGGUAAUUGGUUGCACCAGAUCUUAUUUAGGGGCUUCAUAGCAAAGGGGGUGAAUACAUAUGCACGCACCACUUUUCCGUUAUUUAUGUUUUAGAAUUUUUUUUACUUCACCAAUUUGGACUAUUUUGUGUAUGUCCAUUACAUGAAAUCCAAAUAAAAAUCAAUUUAAAUUACCGGUUAUAAUGCUACAAAAUAGGAAAAACGCCAAGGGGGAUGAAUACUUUUGCAAGGCACUGUAUAUCCUCUUACGGUAGCCAGGCAGAAAUGGAAGUUUACCCUUAAUAUACAGUAUAAGGUUCACUAAAAUCAAAUAAUCUGGCAAAACACCUCCUAAUGUGUGUUUUGUGCAUGGUGUUAGGGAUGAAUCCUUUGUUAAAUGCCUCUCUCCUCUUCUCUCUGUAGUUUGGAAAUGAGGCCCAGCAACUGGAGUGGGCGAAGCGAGAGAGUGAGCGAGCGGAGCGGGAGCGGCUGAAGAGACUCCGGCAGCAGGAGCAGGAGGACUUAGAGCUGGCCAUCGCUCUCAGCAAGGCUGAGAUGUCCCACGGGUGA